UGUUUCAUUGACACGCCUUAAGGUUACUUAGUCAGGCUUGUUUGCGCUUGGAAUGGAAGGGAAGCUCGAGCUACAAGGUGUUAGCAACAUUGCGGCUAACUCGUGUGUCCCGUCGCGGUUUUGUAAAUGCACAAAGUUUGGAAAGUCAACAAGUUGUCGAGGUCCGAUGUUCAGUCCAAGAGGAACGAGGAGCGUUUGACUUGCCUGCUAGCUGCGAAGAAGCUUCGGGGCUGAUUGAUUGAUCGAUUGGUUUGGUGUUUGUUUGAAGAUGCGGACGGAGGCCCGGCGAAGCCCGGAGGCGCCAUCUCGACGAUCCAUCUUGGCGAUCUUCCUUGGGGUGCGGUCACGUGAUCGGGUUUGAAGCGCACAAUCUCCUCCAUCCAGCAGGCGGCGCUCUUUGCAAUUAGCUCACUUCUGUUUCUUCCCUCUGAACUUAAAACUGUUGGAAUAAAAUCAUUGAGGUCAAAACAAGCUUGUUUAUUUUCCUUUGAAAUUGCAAAUUGGAAAGUAGAGGAUGAUUACAAAUGACCUGAUGUUUAUAUAUAUAUAUAUAUAUAUAUAUAUAUAUAUAUACACUGAUCAAAUAAAAUCGGUCGACAUUUAAAAGAAAGUGGUUAAACGUUUGUUUCGGCAGGUAUCGGUUCGGCAUGCGAGCGAUGCUCAACGCGAGGGAAUUAUCAUUUGACACAGACGUCAUCAGUUGCAGCAUCUCCGUUUGUGCUGCAAAAUUGCGGAAUAAACUGCAACAUGAAAAUGUGCACGGCAAACACUUGGUCAACUAUGAACAACUGGACAGCUAAUUUCAUAAUUUUUUGUUUUAAAGAAACGAUUUUUAGUUUGAAUUGUAUUUAUAAUAAAGUUAAAUGUUUGAAUGUUUUAAACUGCAUUUGCUUACAUUUUUACACUGAACUUGGAUCAAUUUUUGAUUAUUUUCUGACGUUGAUUCGUGCGCUUGUGUUUGUUUGAGACAAAUGCAAAUCACUUCCAGUGGGCUCGUGACGUCACUUCCUCCUCGCCGUCCUAACAGUCAAGAUGGCGGCUGCGAGUAUGCGAAGCGCCCUGCAACUGUCCUAUAAACAAGCGAGCGCGUGCGUCUGUGUGGAGGUUUUUGGGAAUUCCACGCGGCCGAGCGGCUCCAUUUGCUCUUCACUCGGAUUCUUCAACGCUCCGCUGCGCAGGGUCAUCGGAGCGCAGAGGAACGCCGCCGUGACAUCGCAGCUGUGGGCGGGAGAGCCCGACGAGGGCCCAGGAAGACGAGGAGAAGCAUGGAAGAAGGCGGCGGCGGCGGCAGUGGCGGCCUUCUCGCUGUCGGGCUCCUCGGAAGAGGCGGCGAGCGAAGAGGAGGAGCUGAUCACGCUUCUGAAGAAGGCCAAGCUCAGCAUCCUGAGGGGCGAGCUGGAGGCGGCGUCAUCCUUCUUGCACGCCGCCGCCGUCAUCGCGCAGCGACGGCGCCACCGACCCGCCAUCGUCUACACCUACAGCCAGAUGGCCAACCUGGCGUACGUUCGUGGUCAUCUGUCUCAGGUGAGUACGAGUUUGCUCGACGGCUGUCGGUCGGCUUCCCGCCGCGGUGACGUCCCGACUCUUCGCCCGCAGGCGGAGAAGCUCUUCAAGGCGGCCAUGAGCUACAUGCUGGCGGGCGGGACGCCGCAGGACGACAACGCCUUCGUGGAGAUGUCGCUCAAGCUGGCCGCCAUGUACGCCCAGCAGAACAAGGCGGAGCUUGCCGAGCACGGCUUCAGGUUCUGUUUGGAGACUCUGGAGGUCAAAGUGCAAAAGCUUCAGGAGACGCCGGCUGAUCAGCUGACAGAGGCCGACGAGGUUCUGCGGAAGGACACGCGUCUCCUGCUGGGUUUGUGUCUGGACUCGCGCGCUCGCUACCUGGCGUCCACGCAGCGGCUGACGCAGGCGGCCGACGACUAUCGCAAAGCGUUGGACAUCUGCAGGCAGGAGCAGGGGCCGCAACAUCACCAGACUCUGGUCCUGAUGAGCGAUCUGGCCACCAUUUUAGAUAUGCAGGGUCGCCACGACGACGCCCUGGCGCUGAUCCGUCAGGCGGUGGACGCGGCUCGGGCCUCGGGACACGAGGACCUUCACGUCCUCCUGGCCAACAUGGCCGCCGUCCUGCUGCACGCAGGUCGCCACGACGACGGCGUGCGCCUGCUCCGCGAGGCCCUGGGGCUGGCGCGGGAAGUCGACGACCGGGAGGCCGUCCGGCACAUCCUGCGCAGCCUCGGGCGGGCCGAGGCGGAACCUGACCGCGAGGGGGCGGAGUCGCGUUCCGCUUAGGUGGGGGUCAAAGGUCCACUUUCUACGUGGGGAAUAAAGGAGGCUGAAGUGUAAAAAAAAACAAGAUUGCAUUUGUUGACUUGCUGAAAAACAAAGUAGCCAAUACUGCGGCAAAUUAUUUCCUUAGUAAGCUCCUCCGCAGCCUCCUCGGCUUUUCUUACAUUUUCAAUGUGCUUGUCUUCUUUAUCAGCUGCUGUGUACUUUAAUAUACCGCUCUAAAACCUUUUCUUCUAAAACGUCUUUAGGUCUUUACAGCAGGCGGUUCGAUAAGAUGAGCAACGCGGAAAGAUUUGCCAAAAAUGAAUUUGAAAAUGCCGAGUGUGCUUGGAAUGGCCAUUAAAAUCAAAUGAUUGGUUCUGGAGAAAUAGAGUUUAGUUUUUUUUUUUUUGUGAUUUUGCCUAUUUUGGGGAAGGUUUUCAUUUAUUUGCCUCUAGAAAAUCUGUUCCAAAAACAGUUUUAAAUUUGAGUCAAAGAGUAGAACUUAUUUGUUAUUAUUUGUCAGCAAAUCUUCUCGACCCUUUUGAUUCAUCUGCUACUUGGGGAAGACCUUCUCCGAUUGGCUGACAAAUUCCAGUUCCAAAUGUCCACCAAUAAGGUGAUAAGGGCCGAAAUUCUGAGGGAGGGCUUCUCAUCCAAGUGAAAGAGUAAAACGGGCCUCACUCACAGGAAACGCGAUUGGUGAGAAGAGCUCGGGUACGCCAGUCAGCAAUUGUUGUUUUCCUGAAUUUAUUUGUUAGGGAGGAUUUUAGAGGCCAUUGAAGUGCUCAUUCCACGUUUUGGAGAAAAUUCCACGCGAGUCACGUUGCUAGUAAGACGGCAGACGUGUGACAUCACCAACCUUCUCGAUGUUGUCCGCCACGGGCUCAAACCCGAGCCUCUGCUCCCCUCGGGGCACCUGCGAGGGAAGCGGGCGGAUCCGGUAGCGGCUACUUCCUGGAAACAAAUCGCGAGCGGAGCGCGAUUGUACUAUGACGGCUGCAUCGUGACGUCAGCGUCCACGUAGCGCCGUGCGGGUUGCGCUGCUGCAGUCUUAUUGUUAAGUUAUGGACUGUUGACAAACUCAUUUUAUGAAUAUUGAAAAUAAAACCAACCGCAGUCCAAAAGAUUAGUGUUGCAGUGGCUGCUUGGGACUUGAAGGAGUUGACACCCCUGAAGGGGAAAUAAACAUGAAUUAUUCAAGUUGACUUUGCAGAGCUUUUAUUCCAAAGUGAGCAGGCAACAGGUUUUUCUCCUGUGUUUUGUUAAACUUGACUUUACGGAGAAGCUUUUAUCACAAACCGGGCAGGCAAAAGGUUUUUCGCCCGUGUGUGUUCUUGUGUGUCUUCCCAGAGUGCCUUUUUCAGUGAAUCUUUCGCCACAAACUGAACACGCAAAAGGUUUCUCACCAGUAUGUGUUCGUGUGUGUUUUGUUAAGCUUGACUUUAUAGUGAAGCUUUUAUCACAAACCGAGCACGCAAAAGGUCUUUCGCCUGUGUGUGUUCUGGUGUGCGUUGUUAAAGUUGACUUGACCGAGAAGCUUUUACCACAAAUUGAGCAGGCAAAAGGCUUCUCGCCAGUGUGUAUUCUUGUGUGCCCUGUCAAAUGUUUCUUUACAGAGAAGCCUUUACCACAAAAUAAACAGGCAAAAGGUUUUUCUCCCGUGUGUGUUCGUGUGUGCGUUGUUAAAGUCGACUUUACAGAGAAGCGUUUCCCACAAACUGCGCAGGCAAAAGGUUUCUCUCCAGUGUGUAUUCUUGCGUGUCCUGUUAAAUGUUUCUUUAGAGCGAAGCUUUUACCGCAAACUGAACAGGCAAAGGGUUUCUCUCGAGUGUGUGUUCUUGCGUGAGCGUGCAAGGUCCUCGUUGAACUAAAAGUUUUCCCGCACUGCGAACAUUCCCAGCAUUUGUUGCGACGUGCCAUAUCCCCUUCGCCAUCAUCAUCCUCAGUGUCAGGAGAGUGUGACGUUACGUCGUCGCUGUCUGAUAGCGGCGCCAUGAGGCCGUCGAUUUGUGUCGGUCCACGUUGGUCUCCGUCACCUUCUGUUUUCACGCGUCGACUGGAGCUGCUGCUUGGAGGCUCCGCCUCUAUGCUCUCCUCACUUUGACCCUCAACUUCAAUCUUCAAAGGGACGAAGGUCAAUGGUGUCUUGGUGAUCUCUUCCUCCUCCUCCUCCUCU